UUUACUUAUGUUGCUUAACGCCACGGCAGCACCUCUCGCUUGUCGUAUUUCUCUUCACAACCUUACGUUUCCCUUUAAGAUAUUUUCUUCUCAUAUUAUUAGCUCAACAAACAUUUCACCGACGAGUUAAUUAUUGAGAGAGUAAUGGAGUGCAGUUCGACUGUGCAUGAAACUCUGAAGCUCAUCAAAUCUCGUGAUCCUUGUUCCAAGAUUUACGCGGCUAAAGAGAUUCGGCGUCUAGCUAAGUCAUCGCAACACUCUCGUCGUCGGUUUUAUCCGGCUAUUGAGCCUUUGGUCGAUAUGCUCCGUUCGGAUUGCCUUGAGUUUAAUCAUGCUGCUAUUCUUGCACUCCUCAAUCUGGCCGUCAAAGAUGAAACCAACAAAAUCAGAAUCAUUGAAGCCGGUGGCCUGGAACCAAUUAUAGGUUUUCUAAAAUCAGAACAUCAAAAUAUGCAGGAGCAUGCAGCUGCUUCUUUGCUAACACUGUCCGCUUCUUCAGUCAACAAGCCGACCAUUAGUGCUUCUGGGGCUAUUCCUCUUCUUGUAAAUAUCUUAAGAUAUGGAAGCCCGCAGGCCAAGGUUGAUGCUGUUAUGGCUCUUUAUAAUCUCUCAACUCUCCCUGACAGCCUUAAUUUAAUUCUUCAAGCAGAACCUGUUCCCUCCAUAGUAAACUUGCUGAAGACAUGUAAAAAAUCUUCAAAACUAGCUGAAAAAUGUAUCGCACUUCUAGAAACAAUAGUUCAAUUUGAUGAGGGCAGAAAUGCAUUAAUAUCUGAAGAUGGUGGAGUACUUGCAGUUGUUGAAGUGCUUGAGAGCGGAUCUCUUCAUAGCCGAGAACAUGCAGUUAGCACACUUCUGAUCAUGUGUCAGAUUGAUCGAUGUAAAUACAGGGAACCAAUACUGAGAGAAGGUGUAAUCCCAGGGCUUCUUGAGCUCACUGUCCAAGGAACAUCCAAGUCUCAGCCAAAAGCAAAAACGCUAUUGCAGUUACUGAGAGACUCUCCUUACCCGCGAUCUGAGAUUCAGCCCGACACACUAGAGAAUAUUGUGUGCAAUAUCAUAUCUCAAAUUGACGGUGAAGAGCAAUCUGGAAAAGCAAAGCAAAUGUUAGCUGAGAUGGUGCAGGUUAGCAUGGAACAGAGUUUACGACAUUUACAACAGAGAGCCAUGGCUUGCACACCUGCUGAUAUGCCUCUUACUAACUGUGCUUCUGAAGUUUCUUCAAAAUGAUAGAAUUGGCUUUCAGGAUUAUCCAUCUUCUUGUAAUUAUGUUUGGGUAACAAUAACAGGUGGCAGUUGUUGCCAGUCCAGGACUACACGAGGGGUACCAAGUGACUGGUUCUAUUAAUAAAAACUGUGUCAUUGGUGAA